CACGGCCUUAAAUACCAAAGGCACUAGUAAAUUCAUAUUUGUGAUCGAUUCCAAAUCAGUUAAUUUUUCUUGUAGUUUAUUCCAAUGGAUUCGAAUUUACGUAAUUUGAAGGAUUUUCUCACAUUAUACAACAAAGUGACGGAGUUGUGCUUCAAUCGUUGCGUUGAUAAUCUCAGUCAGCGCGAACUCUUUGAACAGGAGAACACCUGCGUGGACAGAUGCGUGACCAAAUUUGCGCGCUUCAAUCAAAACAUGAUGAAAGCCUACGUCGAUGUGCAAACCAAAAUUAAUGUCAAACGCAUGGAAGAAGUGGAAGAGAAUGCCAAAAAAUUGGAGCAGCACCAGCAGGAAGAACGCAUUAAAGAGCAGCUUAAGGAAAAGGAAGUCGCUGCCACUAGCACAAUUCUAACGCCCGCCAACAACAGCAACAAUACGCCGGGCAAUUUGGCCAUGUAGCAGCAGGAUUGGA